AUACAGCUGCCCACCAUGCCGCAGGAUAUGCCGCCGACGGGCGGCUACAGCCCCGUCCAAUACAAGCGCAACCUCCCCGCUCGUGGCUUCCGGCCAGCCGCAUACCUAUUCGGAACGGCGGCGUUGAUGACAUAUGGAUUCUGGAGGGUUGGGCAGGGUAUCAGGGAACACAACGAACUCGCGCGCGAGAAGAUGUGGGCGCGGAUACACCUCAUUCCCGCGCUACAGGCGGAAGAAGAUCGCGAUCAGGUGCGAAGAUAUCUGGCGGACAGGGCGAGGGAGAAGGAGCUGCUGGGCACAGAAACAAAGAUUUACCACAACGACAGGUUUGUCCGACCAACGUUUGCCGUUACGCCAGAGUUCGAGACGAAAUAGGAGUAGACAAUUAGAUGGAAGUGUACAUACAACGUCAAAAUUGACGGGGAAAACUGAUGCCUUUGAUGGCUGUGCCUUGUGGAAGUGUACGACAACUGGAAUUGAAGUCUUUCUU